AUGACUGGAGGGUCAUUGGGGAUUCGUUCAGGGAGUUAUGGGUCUUUGGAUAAACAGCUACAGAACAACAACAACGGAGUGUCGCCAAUCCAAUCUGCACGUAAGCCUUCAAAGAUGCUCAAGGAGAAGGAGAGGUUGUUCCAUUGGAUCUGCAAGUUUGCCGGCCGCAAAAAGGUUGGAAUGUUGUUCCUCUGUCUCAUCUCCGCCGCGGUUUUCGUCUGGGUUUUGUACAUUGGAAAAGGUGAAGAUGAACAAGGCGUCAGUGUCGAAAACAUUAGUGUUAACAAUAGCAUCACUAUAAGUUAUCUUGGAUCCUUGCAAACACAUGGACCGCAAAGUAACAACGUGACUUUUUCGCUAGCAUUGCCUCCUCCUCCCCCUGCUGUUUUUCUGGGUUACACCCUUCCUCCUGGGCAUCCAUGUAAUCUAUUCACAUUGCCUCCCCCACCAGCAGAUAAAAAAAGAACUGGACCGCGGCCUUGUCCAGUAUGUUACCUUCCUGUGGAGGAAGCCAUAGCCUUGAUGCCAAAGGUCCCUUCAGAUUCUCCUGUUCUUAAGAAUUUAACAUACAUUUAUGAAGAAAAUUUGUCUAGAGAAACAGAAUUUGGAGGCUCAGACUUUGGUGGAUAUCCUACUUUGAAGCAAAGGAGUGAUUCUUAUGAUAUAAGAGAGUCAAUGAGUGUGCACUGUGGAUUUGUUGGAGGAAGUAAACCUGGACGCAAUACAGGGUAUGAUAUGGAUGAGGUUGACCUACACGAUAUGGAGCAGUGUCAUGGUGUGGUUGUUGCAUCAGCUAUAUUUGGGAAUUUUGAUGAGAUAAACCAGCCGACAAACAUUAGUGAUUAUUCCAAGGAGACCGUUUGCUUCUACAUGUUUAUAGAUGAGGUGACAGAAGCUUAUUUGAGGAGUUCUGGAAAACUGGGCAGCGAUAGGAAAGUUGGUAUAUGGAGAACUGUUGUUGUGCAUAACCCUCCUUAUACGGAUGGAAGGCGCACUGGGAAGAUUCCUAAGCUUCUAGUGCAUAGGAUGUUUCCAAAUGCCCGCUUUUCUUUAUGGAUUGAUGGGAAGCUUGAACUUGUCGUGGAUCCAUAUCAAAUUCUUGAAAGGUUCUUGUGGAGAAAAAAUGCAACUUUUGCAAUUUCUAAACAUUAUAAACGUUUUGACGUGUUUACGGAAGCUGAGGCAAAUAAAGCAGCUGGAAAAUACAACAAUGCUUCUAUUGACUUCCAGAUUGAGUUUUACAAAAAGGAAGGUUUGGCCCCAUAUUCUGAGGCAAAGCUUCCUAUUAUAAGUGAUGUUCCUGAAGGAUGUGUAAUAAUAAGGGAGCACGUACCUAUCAGCAACCUAUUCACUUGUCUUUGGUUCAAUGAAGUUGAUCGUUUUACUUCCAGGGACCAAAUUAGUUUCUCCACUGUCAGAGACCACAUCAGGGAAAGGACAAACUGGACUAUCAAUAUGUUCUACGACUGUGAAAGGCGCAAUUUUGUUGUUCAGAAAUAUCAUAGAGAUGUUUUGGAGCACCUGGCUCCUCGUGUUCCUGUGGCUGUUCCUCCACCACCACUAUUACCACCACCGCCGCCACCAGUUAUAAGUAACGAACCACCAGUUCAACCAUCAGUCGAAACUUUGCCCGAAAGGGUUGUAAACGGCCCAGGUAAGAGGGGCCCAAGGCGCGGGAGAGAUCGAAGGUCUGGUUCUAGGCGUCACCGCAAAGUUGUGGCGGGUAACAGAGACAUUGAUUCAAGUUAA